AUGUCGAUUUUUUCAGAUAUGGUGGAGGAAACUAUUGAGGUAUUUAUGGAUGAUUUCUCUGUGGUAGGUGACUCGUUUGAUGGUUGCUUGAUGCAUUUGGCCGAGGGUAUUAAGGUUGAUAGAGCUAAAGUUGAGGUAAUAGAAAAGCUUCGACCACCUAUAUGUGUUAAAGGUGUUAGAAGUUUUUUUGGCUAUUCAGGCUUUUAUAGGAGGUUUAUCAAGGAUUUAUCAAAAAUUGCCCACCCAUUGUGCAAAUUGCAUGGAAAGGAGUGUAAGUUUGAGUUUGAUGAUGCUUGUUUGAGAGCAUUUGAAUUGUUGAAGGACAAGCUAGUUGCUGCACCUAUCAUUAUUUCAAAGGAUCCGGGGCAACCGUUUGAGGCUUUGGAGAUGUUGGAUUCCAUCCAUGUAGCUAGGACCACAGGAGAUCAAGAAGAAGAAGAUUGGGAUACACCGAAUGGUUCACUGGCUAGCUCAGAGUCAGCCUCCAACUCCGGCUCCGAGUUCAGCUCCAACUCCAUCUUGGUAUCCGGCUUUAUUUCUAAUAGUGUCAAUGCCUCAUCCUCUGAGGCUGAUAGUGUCAGUGAUAUUCCAGUGCCCCCAAACACUGAUCCUGCACCAGUUGCUGAGGAGCCAAGCCGAUGGUGUGUGAGCGGACAUUAUCAGAUAUACAGGGAUGCCCGCAUGCUGACUGAGUAG